AUGAAGGUUCGUCUUCUCACACGCAAUCCUUCCGAUUUCCGCAGGGAGACUGCUGACGAUAUAUUCAAAAUUCCUAGAAACCAAUGCGUUGCAGAGCAUCCAUUUUCGUGUGAAAGAGAAUAUGUCAGGGCAAUUAACGCUGCCAAGCUUGGAAAGAUGAUGGGCAAGCCCUUUUUGGGAGCACUUGAGGGAUCAACUGAAAGGGUCACAGUUAUUUCUUUAAAUACAGAAACCUUGGACAUAGCAACUUUUGGAACAGCCGAUGGCAAAGUGCAGUGCUGGAACGUUGCAAAGAGAUGUAAAUUGGUUGAGGUUCACGCACAUGAAAAUGAAGUUCGCGGCAUUUGUUAUUGCAAUAAGUCUCGGCUGAUUUACACUUGUAGUUUAGAUGGUCAACUGAAACAGUGGCGAAUGAACUACGAUGAUAUUGCAUCAUGUUGGAAACAACCAAUAAGUAAUGUUUUAACGAAAUGGGCUCCUCAUUGUAUGGAUCACCAUCCUUCAUCAAAUGAGUUCCUUAUUGGUGGUCCAGAGUCUUGUCUGCUGUACUCUUCUGUCAAGCUUGAUGUGCCAUUGCGUGAAUGGAGUUGGGGCCAAGAGCCGAUUCAUGUUGCUAAGUUCAAUCCAGUCGAACACAAUAUUGCAUGUGCUCUAACCAAAGAUAAUUCAUUAAUGUUAAUCGACUGCAGACAGGAUCAACCUAUCCGCAAGGUAAAAAUGAACCUAAAACUGAACUCAUUUUCAUGGAAUCCAAUGGAACCGUUUAUAUUCACUGCUGGAUCAGAAGACUAUAAUGUUUAUACAUUCGACAGCCGUUUCUUCAAGUUCCCUCGCAGAGUUCACCGUGGUCACGUAAAUGCUGUACUUGAUGUAGACUAUUCGCCAACUGGAAGAGAAUUUGUAACUGGAAGCUACGACUCAACAAUUCGACUUUGGAAGUGUGAUUCUACAGAUUCGUUUGAUGUUUAUCAUACCAGACGCAUGAAGCGUGUUCUUGUUGUCAAGAUGACAUUAGAUGCAAAGUUUGUUCUGUCAUCAUCAUCAGACCAAAAUGUUCGACUGUGGAAAGCUCAUGCUAACGAAAUCAUAGGACCGGUUCAACCAAGACAAAAAGCAUCUUUGCAGACGUGUGAAUCUUUACGAGAGAAAUUCAAAGACCAUCCAGAAAUCCGGAAAAUUUUAAGGCAUCGUCAUCUGCCUAAAACGAUUCACGCCUCCAGUAAAGAACAUGCAGUAAUCAGAGCCAAACAAAGACGCAAGGAAAGGAAUACUCGUGUAUUUAAUAAGAACAAUCUUCCAUUUAUUCCUGAGAAGGAAAAACAUGUAGUUGCACAAUAUAAAUAG